AGAUUAACGUCACUCGGUACAAUCAGCCUGUUCAAAUGGCAGCAGACACUCUCAGCGCAUACACCUGGUUGGAUCGCUCCCCUAAUCUUUUGCUUCAACUGUCUCCAGACGUGCUUUACACAAUGUCCUUUCUACUGGAUCGUCCAUGCAAACCUCGUUGCUUGGGUGUCUGUGCUGUGUCUCAGGAGCAAUCACUGCAGGUUGGAAGGCAAAAAGCCAGAUCCACAGCGGGUGUAAAUCAGUGGAGCUACGUUGAUUUACACCAGUUGAGGAUUCAUCCCUGUUCUCCACUUGGAGAGAGAGAGACAGACCCCUAGGUUCUUCCCUGCAGCUCCAUGUCAUUGCCUGUUUUCCUCCGUAUUGAUACAUUAAAAAAACCAAAUUCUCCUCUACCCAGGAGUUUCUGCCCCUGCUCCCUCUGAGCUCCAGCCGCGUACAUCCUGCUUUGCUGACUGUGUGCUUACAGCGUCAAAGGGUGGACGUGAUAUUUCAAACAUCAGAUCAGUGCGUUUAUAUAUUGGGUGCCCGGAAAUUUUUCCAAAUAAACACAGCUUGAUUCGACUUGGGUGGGCAGACUUAUCAACAGACUAAUGCUAUAAACAAAUGAAGGACAAACCCGGCGAACCAUUGGCUGGUACCAGAGAGACACGUGGAGGGAGCUUGGAGUUGUGUAGCAAUGAUAUUUUAAUUAAUGUGGGUGGGCUGAGCACACAAACGACUGUUUAUCGGAGACAAUUUAUUUUCCAGUGCUAAGUCAACAUAUAAGAGCAAACUUACAACAAUUAUUUAACUUUUUUUUUCUUUAAAAAAAAAAAAGAGCGAUGAAGCCGGGACAGAGGGAGAACAAACUCGUCGAGGCAGGGUUGGGGUCUGAGCUCACACAAAUAGGUCCCCGGUGGACUCUUGGAGGGUUUCUUCCUUGUCCUUUCACGGCUCUGAUCUGCCAGGGGAAAGAUCCGGAGCUAAAACCGCAUCCGCGAUGAGCCAUAUUUUCAGCAGCCAUCUACCUCCAAUGAGCAGCCCGCUCAAUGGCUCCUCCAUGGUCUAUCUGUACGGGGCAGAUAGGGCUGGGCUGCCUGCUGCUUUAAGCUUCGCCUCCACUAGCGUGAUCUCCAGGCAGGAACCUCCCCAGAAGCCUCCUUACAGCUACAUCGCUCUUAUUGCCAUGGCCAUCAAGGAGGCUCCAGACCAGAAGGUGACACUCAACGGCAUCUACCAGUUCAUCAUGGAGCGGUUCCCUUUCUACCACGACAACAGGCAAGGCUGGCAGAAUUCCAUCCGGCACAAUCUCUCCCUCAACGACUGCUUCGUCAAGGUGCCCCGGGAGAAAGGCAGACCUGGCAAAGGCAGCUACUGGACCCUAGACCCCAGGUGCCUGGAUAUGUUUGAAAACGGGAACUACCGGCGGAGGAAAAGGAAGCCCAAAGCCUCGGGGUCCCAGGAGACGAGGGGCAAGGCAGAGGCCGAGGAGGGGACGGAGCAGCCCGCUGGCAGCCGAGCUGAUGUGCAACCGAAGAGAUUCCGGGGGAGCCAGGCUGCAUCCGCAGGAGAGGGGAACCUGGAGCCAGCCUGCGCCUCCAGGGAUGCACGGGCCCCAGCAGAGAACAAAGCGAGCUCUGGGAGAUGCAAUCUGGCAGCAGCGGGUCCUCCUCAGCCACAGGUGCCCUCUGCCCCGUGGGGCCAUCCCCACCCAUCCAGGUGCGCAGCUCCUCAGGUCCCUGCGCCUGCCUCCAAGGAGGGAAGCGUUCCCGAGGGGGAAAGGGCGGAGAGCUCUUCGGAGGGCGAGGCGGAGGAGACGGUGCUGGCAGAGGCCCCGGCAUGUCAGCAUAUACCCACCUCUGGUGCACGCAUGCUCUCCCCAAGUGCCAACCAGAGCCAGGUGGGCUCUGCAGCCGGGACAGAUCAAAUGCCUCCGAAAAGCUCGGAGAAGUCCAAAAGCUUCAGUAUAGACAGCAUCUUAGCUCAUAACACCCUCCACAAGCCAGCCAAAGGGGACGCGCAGGCAGAGGGAGGCUGGCACCCGAGCGCCUCCAAGCUGGCUUUGGAGAGCCUGCCAGCUGGAUACAUCAGUGGGUCCCUGGCAGCUAAUGCUAAUGUCUGUCCAGCGUUCAGUGCUUCCCUGAUGCUCGAUUCCCAAGUUCAAGGUAGAUUUUAUCAGAUCGGGAUUCCCUUUCUCUCCUAUUUUCCUCUUCACUUGUCCGAGACGGUAUUUAAUUUUCAGUAACAACCCCCCCGCCCCGCAAUGCAAUUUGAUAUCCAAUUAUAUACACACACGGAAUUGGAUCGUAGACAUAUAGUUAGAUAUAAAACCAAGAAUUAAUUACUUGGGUUAAGAAUAUUAGGAUUUUAGGGCAUUUUCAACCGUUUCUUUCUCAGCAGAUUUCUUGACUGAUAUUUUUUCUUCCAAAUGUACUUUAAGGUAACUUUUUUUUUACGUUGUCUGUACAAAAAAUAUUACAGAGGUUUUGCAUUAUGUUUUGCAGUACAGCAGCCUGAUGGUUUAUUCUUGCCAUCCAUCAUGCAUUUAAGACCUGUUUUUGUCCAACUGCUUUGCUUUCACGUUAAAAAACGACCCCCAUGCACCCCAAUUAAUCAUUUUUCUUGUGUGUGUGUGUGUGUGUGUGAUUUUGCAGUUAAUACAUAUAUUUUCCCGCACACAUAUAAACAAUCGCUGCGAUGCUGCCUAAUAAACCCCAACCUGGUAAUUUAAAUAAUUCGAAUAGAUAGAUAAAUGACAUAUAAGAUGAGCUAAACAUAAUGACAAAUGGAGUUUCCUUCUGAACAAUCCUGCUUGCUUUGAAUCAGGACUGUAUACAAUCAUGGCGUGUUUUACUGCAUAGUACUUGCGUUUUUAUUGUAUUUUGAUAGUGUCUGUGUCACUGAAGCUGUUUACAGAGAACACCAGAUUUGGAAUGAUGUGCAAUGGAGAAACUGCAAAUUUUUAUAGAUGGAAUCCGAUGCUCUAAACAGAAAAGCACAUUGAUCAAAUAAUAAACGUUAAUCUGAGAGUUACCUUAUUACAAACUGGACGUCUACCAAGAACAAUAAACUAACCCCGUCCCCACAUGUUUUUAUUUUCUGCUAGCUGCAUUAUAACCGGAGCAUUUUUUAAAAUUCUUUCAAUAAAUAUCGAGGCUUUCUUUGUAUAUUAGUGGGCAAAUGCCCUUUGGAAAUCUUUUAUAUUAUCA